AUGUCUCUCCCUCUCCUUUUCACGCUUCCGCCCUCCAACCGCCAUGAAUUUCUUCUUCUAGACACAUCUUCCAAGAUCACGUUGAAAUCGCUCAACGCACAAAUCACUUCUACGAUCUCCUCGAGCCCUAACUGCGCCGAAUUCAUGGCAAAGCACAAGGCUGCUGACGGUCCCAAAGAGACGAUUCAAGAAUUCAAGAUUCACUGGGAUACCAAGACAAGAGAUGGCAAGAUAUGGCCCGAAUAUACCGUAGUGACGGAUGAGAACUUCCCAGCGAUACUGGAAUUGCUCAAGGCGAAUCCAGUCAUGGGUGUGCUGGAGAUCAAGCUGGGUAGUUCGGACUAGAUUAGCGUAGGACGAGCAAGCAUGAACAUUCAGUAGCAAUGAAAAGGAAAGAGCCAAUAAUCUGUUUGAGAAUCUGAUUUUUCGUAUACAUUACGAUGCGACGACGGGAGCAUUGCUCAAACGUGGUCGUACUUCGUUACACCCAAAAGCCUACAUUCAAUACAUACGAAAAUCUUCAACACCAUUGGUGUCGAAGUAUGCGCUGGAGGGUAGCCCAGCGUCGAGUAAAC